AUGGCAGAAAAUGAUUCAUUUAGACGGUCAGGCUUUCCAAUUUUCUACCGCCAUGUAAAACGUGCAGUAGAUGCCAAUGGAAACCACCGUCGACAUAGGUCUGUGGAAGAUUACACCACCGCAAACAUCCAUCUGUGGAAGAUUACACCACCGCAAACAUCCAUCUGUGGGAGAUUACACCACCACAAACAUCCAUCUGUGUGAGAUUACACCACUGCAAAUAUCCAUCUGUGUGAGAUUACACCACCACAAACAUCCAUCUGUGUGAGAUUACACCACCGCAAACAUCCAUCUGUGUGAGAUUACACCACCACAAACCUCCAUCUGUGUGAGAUUAUACCACCACAAACCUCCAUCUGUGUGAGAUUACACCACCACAAACAUCCAUCUGUGUGAGAUUACACCACCACAAACAUCCAUCUGUGGGAGAUUACACCACCACAAACAUCCAUCUGUGUGAGAUUACACCACCACAAACAUCCAUCUGUGUGAGAUUACACCACCACAAACAUCCAUCUGUGGAAGAUUACACCACCGCAAACAUCCAUCUGUGUGAGAUUACACCACCACAAAUAUCCAUCUCUGUGUGAGAUUACACCACCACAAACCUCCAUCUGUGUGAGAGUGGGAGAUUACACCACCACAAACAUCCAUCUGUGUGAGAUUAUACCACCACCACAAACAUCCAUCUGCACCACCGCAAACAUCCAUCUGUGGGAGAUUACACCACCACAAACAUCCAUCUGUGGAAGAUUACACCACCGCAAACAUCCAUCUGUGGGAGAUUACACCACCGCAAACAUCCAUCUGUGUGAGAUUACACCACCGCAAACAUCCAUCUGUGUGAGAUUACACCACCGCAAACCUCCAUCUGUGGGAGAUUACGCCACCGCAAACAUCCAUCUGUGUGAGAUUACACCACCGCAAACAUCCAUCUGUGAGGUCUUCACCACCGCAAACCUCCAUCUGUGGGAGAUUAAUCCAUCUGUGUGA